GUAGGUCCUAAAGUGUUGCGCCUUGCGCCUGUGUUUUUAUCGGAGUUUUGUGAAUGAAAAUGUUAUAAGUUAAAACAAAUGAUCAUUAACAUUUUUCGUAAGUGUAUUUGUGUUUUUGAUCAAAAAUCAAGUAUUGAAUUAAAGUAAAUCCAGUUGAACAACCAAAAGAUGUUUGUUCUUGCUGAGAUGCGCGACACCGUUAAAAUUCAUCCAAAAAGCUUUAAGCACAAAAUAAAUACAUGCAUAUCGGAGGAGCUCAACCGUAAGCUGGCAAAUAAGGUUUUUCUCAACGUUGGCCUUUGCAUAGCAUUAAACGAUAUCCUGGAGAUCGGCGAGUCUUUUAUAUUUGCCGAUGACGGCUCUUCUCACACCAAAGUCAGAUUUCGGUACGUGAUAUUCCGACCUUUCAUGGAAGAGAUAAUAGUUGGCAAAAUACGAAGUUGUAACAGCGAGGGUGUACACGUGACUCUUGGUUUCUUUGAGGACAUUCUGAUACCACCACACAAGUUGCAGUAUCCCUCAAGAUUUGAUCAAACCGAGCAAGUCUGGGUUUGGGAGUACGAUGAUGGAGAGAAGCACGACUUGUUCAUGGACGUUGGUGAGAUCAUACGAUUCAGAGUGGUAAAGGAAACGUUUGUCGACUCCUUGCCCAAUACUCCUGGUGAAUCUGGAGAGAAAACAGAGCCACUUGUUUCAUCUCCUUAUGUGCUGGAAGCUGCCAUUGAUGAACCUGGACUUGGACUUCUUUCCUGGUGGAAUAAUUGACGCCUUUUUUAAGAUGUGACACUUUUGUUGAUGAUUCUUUAUGGUGUGUGAGAUAAGACUACUUUAUAAUGAAUUUAUGAUAUAUUUUUUGUUACGAAUAAAUUUUUGUUACUUUUUUUUAUUUAUAAAAUAAACAGUUUUUUUAUUUUAUCUAUUCCUUAAAUCAAGUUUAAAUCAAACUUUUGCGCCAA